AUGGCGGAGAACGCUAGCUCCGUCCCCCCGGCCGGCGCGCCCCCGCUGGACGCGACCCCGGAGUCGCUCCGGUACAAGGCGGCGUCGGCGUUCCUCGUCCUCCUGGUCUGCGCGGCGGGCAUCGUGGGCAACGCCAUGGUCGUCCUGGUGGUGCUGACCGCCCGGCACAUGCGCACGCCCACCAACUGCUACCUGGUUAGCCUAGCGGCGGCCGACCUCACCGUGCUGGUGGCGGCCGGCCUGCCGAGCGUCUCCGACAGCCUGGCGGGCGCGUGGGUGUACGGCCGCGCCGGCUGCCUCGGCAUCACCUACUUCCAGUACCUGGGCAUCAACGUCUCCUCCUGCUCCAUCACCGCCUUCACCGUGGAGAGGUACAUCGCCAUCUGCCACCCGAUGAGGGCGCAGGCGAUGUGCACGGUGUCGCGGGCCAAGCGCAUCAUCGCCGGCGUCUGGGCGCUCACCUGCGUCUACUGCGCCCUCUGGCUCCCGCUGGUGGACCUGCAGGAGGCGCCGGGGCGGAGGGCGCAGUGCGGCUACCGGGUCUCCCGCGGCCUCUACCUCCCCGUCUACCUGAUCGACUUCGCCGCCUUCUACGCGGUCCCCCUGCUGCUGGCCGUCGCCCUCUACGCCCUCAUCGCCCGGGCGCUGUACCUGGGGCCCGGCCCGGGGCCCGGGCGGCGGAGCGCCGGGGCGGGGCCCGGGGGCGGGGCCGGGGCCGGGGCCGGGGGGCGGACCAGGAACGCGCUGUCGUCCAGGAAGCAGGUGACGAAGAUGCUGGCGGUGGUGGUGAUCCUCUUUGCCCUCCUGUGGAUGCCCUACCGCACGCUGGUCCUGGUUAACUCCUUCGUGGCCACGCCCUACUUAGACGCCUGGUUCCUGCUCUUCUGCCGGGUCUGCGUCUACGCCAACAGCGCCAUUAACCCCGUGGUGUACAGCCUGAUGUCGCAGCGGUUCCGCUCGGCCUUCCGCGAGCUGUACCGGUGCCGGGGCCGGGGGGCGCAGACCCGGACCCUCUCCCUGGUCAGCGGCGGGCGCAGCGUGGCGAGGGACCCCCGGGGCCACGCCCCCGGCAACGCCGACAGGGGCGGGCAGGCGGCCACCAGAGACGAGCGAGGCCGGGAAGGGAAAGACGCCUCCGCCGACGGGACGCCCGACGGCCCUGCACCGCCGGGGGAGGGGGCGGGAAAAAUGAGCCACAGCGGGGUGUAG